GCACAUUGUAUCGAUCUUAUGUUGAUGGACAUUGGAAAGAUCCGUAGGGUGCAACAAACGGUGGAGACAGCCCAACGCAUUACCAGGUAUAUUUAUAACCAUAACUGGAUUCUUUCACUGAUGAGAAAGUAUGCAGGGGGAGAGAUUCUGAGACCAGGAGUCACACGGUUUGCUACCAACUUCAUCGCACUUGAUAGCAUACUCGAGAAGAGAGGAGCCCUACGUCAGAUGUUUGCCAGUUCCGAGUGGUAUGAUAGUAGAUAUUCUUAUGCCGGCACUGAAAGGAGCAAGAUAGAAGACUUGGUGACGAGACAACCAUUCUGGCAGCAGGCUACUACAAUAGUCAAGGCUAUCAAACCAUUAUAUGAAGUGCUGCGGGCCGUAGAUAGCGAGAUCUACCCCCUGAUGGGGUUUUUGUAUCACAUGAUGGUCAAGGCAAAGGAUCAGAUUAUGGAGGCAGAUCCAGCACAUGGUUGGUCGUACAUCAACAUCAUUGAGCAGCGGUGGGAAGCGCAAAUGGGUACGGAAUUACAUCUAGCAGCAUACUACCUAAACCUCCGGUUUCAGUACAACAUAGAUGGAAUUGGUAUGGAUGAAACACUUCUGGAUGCUUUGCGUAAUGUGAUUUACAAGAUGGAGCAUGAUCCAGAAAAAGCGGCCCUAUGUCUUGAAGAGGUAAUUAUGAUUUAGUAAUUACCAGCAUGUGUAAGUAUAUCGGCAUUUUCAAUUAUUAACAUGGUUUUCUUAUGCUUAUUUUUCACAGAGCAAAUUAUUUAGAAAGGGCAGCUACAGUUUUGGCCAACG